CGUCUCCGUAGCUAGAAAGUGCUCCGAGCUCCCCGGCUGCUCACACACAUUCCGGAAGAGGAGACAGCGGCGGCCGCAGACAUGUGUGACUUCUCAGAAGACCAGAUCGCCGAUUACAGAGAGGGUUUUGGUCUCUUUGACCGCAACGGAGAUGGCAAAAUCUACUACACCCAGUGUGGGGACGUCAUGCGAGCUCUUGGGCAGAACCCCACAAAUGCAGAGGUUCUAAAAGUCUUGGGAAAUCCAAAGGCUGAAGAGCUGAACAGCAAGAUGCUUGGCUUUGAUCAGUUCCUUCCAAUGAUGCAAACUAUUGCCAAGAACAAGGACCAGGGCACACAGGAAGACUUCGUAGAGGGCCUGAAAGUGUUUGACAAGGAAGGCAAUGGCACGGUGAUGGGGGCGGAGCUGCGUCAUGUCCUUGUUACUCUAGGAGAAAAGAUGCAAGAGGAUGAGGUGGAGAUGCUGGUGUCUGGUCAUGAAGACGCUAACGGCUGCAUUAAUUAUGAAGACUUUGUCAGGCACAUCAUGUCUUCGUGACCACACCCCUUGGAACUUGUCCGGAUGGUAAUCAGCGGCUGAAUCUUCUCUAUUAUACGCUUCAAGCCAAGGGGAAGGGGAGCUGCCUGUGUUAUAUUUCUAUCAAUGUUUUCCCUUGGAGGCGAGGUUGAGCUGUGUAAUGAGGGUCCUUGUCUUACCCCUUUGUCUUGUUGGCGUCUUAUCUGAUGUCCUGAAGGAGUGUGUGUCCUCACGAAUGGGGUUAGCUGAACCAUGAGAGUGCAGUCUCUGUAACUAUUCUACCACACAGAUAAUAAAUUAUUUCUAUUUUUCCCGCUCAAUGAAUAAAGUGGCAUUUUUGUAUUUCAAAA